GACCAUGCGCAGUGGCAGAAAUGUCGUACGCGUCAGGUGUGGCCAGGCAGGCAGCUGUGUUGAGACAGUGAGCUUUCGUUCAUGAUGGCAAAGAAAAGGUUUUAUUUCUUCUUUGCUCUCUGUGGGUUCCCACUGGUGGCAGCUUCCUCUGAAACUAAUGGAACCAGAGGAGAGCCGUUACUCUGGCAGUGCACACUCAGUGAACAGUUUGAUCCAGAGAAAGUCGGCAUUUACUGGCAGAACCAAAAUAAUAAUGAAAUGCUCCACUAUUACAGAAAUGGAAAGGAGGAUUUGGAACAUCAAAGCGUGUCAUUUAAAAACAGAACCAAAAUCUUUCCUGAUCAGUUACGAUCUGGAAACUUGUCCCUUAUCAUCGAUCCGCUGAUGCCUGAAGACAACCUGAAGUCCCUUAAAGUCGUUUUCAACCAUGCAGGAGAUAUCAAGGACAAACUCUGCCAAACCAUGGUUCAUGUAGCAGCUAAUUUUAAGGAGCCAAACAUCGAGAUCAACCAAAAGAAGAUGACAGCAACUUGCACAACACAGGGGGGCUUUCCUGAACCUGAACUGGCAUGGAUUUCCACCGACCAUGAAGGACAUGAACGUGCACUGGAACCACCUGAUGUUCUGACCCUGCAGAUCCACAAGGAGGAAGACGGCACCUACAGCAUCAUCAGCACAGCCAACUUCACGGGGUCAAAGACGGUGACCUGCACGGUUUACAACCCAACUUCUAACAAGACUGUGGGAGCAACUGCAGACCUGCCUGCAGCUCCAAACCCCGAGUCCAAACAGGAGACAGAUGAGGUCCCCAGUGAAGGCCUGCCUGUGGCUGCAACGGCUGUGAUUGGAGUAUUUAUAGUACUUGUAGUACUCGUAGUACUCGCAGCCUUUGGCUACAAGAAAUGUAAAUCACCAACAGAGACAACAGAGGUCUAACGGUCCUGAGCCGUCAGCUGCUUAUCUUUCCAACGGUGCUUUGCUAGCAGAGAAUGGAGGUGUGUGCUAGUGUUGUACAGGAGGGUGGUGCUGCACACGGGCUGACCAGUACUGGCAGGACUUUGUUGGGGAUACGUGUGUUAAACCAAACACUGCUGCUCUGCUGUAUCUCAAUGCAGGAAGCUUUUCCUUCCAUUUCAGGGGCAGACAGCCGAAGAGAAAGCCCAAGAGAAGCACAGCUCUGAGGUCAGCUCUCCUACCACCGAGGCAGAAUGACCACAAAUGAAGCCUGCAUUAAGAUUCAGAGUGAGACCAAGACCAGAGACCAGACUUGCAACAAGACUCUAACGACCAGCUUCAUCUCUCUGGCAUUAUUUAAUUUAGAGCUUCACAUGAUGGGCUGUACCUCGUUAUGCUCAGUAUUUGUAAUUCCUGCUUGAAAUUGAGAGAUUUCUGAGCUUUAACAUUUCUCCCUCUGUGAAGAUAAGCUAAAGGAUCUUGUUACUGUACUUAAGCAGAAGGCAUCUGGACUUCAGCAUUUAUUUUUCUGACAACUUUUUACUGCCUACAUGUUAACACUACUUUCUACUUCUUAACUUUUCAAAAUAGACUCAUUACUUUUGGUUCAACAGUAUCAUUUAUAGUGUUUAUACUCUGGGUUAAAGCGGGCGUACGUAUGUCGUCGGCUUCUAGCUUCUACAGAAGAGGAAAGAGCAUCAAAGAUGUUUCUCCAACAUUUCUAUCGGCUCAACAAACAUCAGCAAACACACAAACUGUGUGUGCAGUUUGUCUCACAGUGUGUGCUAAAGCUAAAGGUCCAGCUGCUUUUUUCACAGGGAGAGAAAAGACAGAGAGCUAAGUUCACUCAGAGAUGGAGAAGGAUAAGAAAGAUGGACAGGAGAGGAAGAGCUUAGACUUAAUGUUUAUAUCCUUAACCAUACAUUUCUAUGCAGUUACAACCUAUAGGUAUCUGAGCUUAGUCCACAACAACAUCGGUACAUUUAAUGUGAAAUAUUCUUUUAUUCUCUUCACCUUAAAAACUAUCCUAAAAUAUGAUGACAGCAUCCAUCUCAUCCUAAAAUGACCAAACAGCUGAUUCGUGAACAAAAUAACUGACAGACAUUAAAAUGUGAAGAUUUGUUUUUCCCUUGAAGUCAGUUUGUCCUCAUGUAAACGUGUUCAUGCACAUUCAAGUGUUUUCUUCAAACAGGACACCUGACCAACAAACAUGUAAUAGUAUUUGUACAGUAACAGUAUCCAGAGUACUUUAGGUUCGAAUCACCGCUGUGGUUGUUUGGGCUCAGCCAAACAGGUGUGGUUCACAUCCAUGUGUGUCCACUCAUGAUAAGGACACACAUGUAGUCCUGCAUUCACUUCAUCAGUGAAUCCGAGUGAACGUUUGUCCUGCAUUAACUCUGUGGGGUCUUCACCUUACAGUAACACGUGUGUUUGUUAACUGAUGCUAUAUGAAUAAAAGUGAACUACA